AUGUCAACUCGUCGUAAAAAACGGGCAGAAUUACGUGCACUUGAAUGUCUUGCUUAUUCAUCAACUUUGUCGUAUCUACGAGCACAAAAUGAUUAUGAUAAAGAAGCUAAAUGUAUAAUUGAGCAUAUUCGACCAUUACUAAAUAUAUCAUCCCAUCGACAUCUAGCUGAAUUAAAACGUCUUAUUAAUGAUGAAGAACUAGAACGUUUAGUUUCAUUGAAACAUGUUGGUGAAAGUAAUCUGAAACACAAAUGGGUAGAAUUAGCAGAAAAAGAGGAUGAAGAUGCUAAAUCAAACAAUAAUUCAACUUCGAUCAAAAAGAAAUUUAAAGGAUCAUAA